AUGGAAUCUCGUAUUGUUAAAUUAAUAUGGGCUGGACGUAUGGGAUAUAAAGCUGGUCUUUACUUACAGAAGACUCUUGUGGACAAUCAUCACAACAGUAAUCAAGAAAAUACUCUGGUAUUAAUAGAACACGACCCUGUGUACACAAUAGGCAUCCGUGACAAAAAUUACACGCCCGAAGACAUAAAAAAACUGGAGGCAACCGGCGCGGAAUUUUUCAAAACAAACCGCGGAGGUCUGAUAACAUUCCACGGACCAGGACAGCUGGUAGCGUAUCCAAUAUUGAAUCUCAAACAAUUCAAACCCUCUGUCAAGUGGUACGUGGAUCAAAUAGAGAAGACUGUUAUCAGAUUAUGCGCGGAGAUGGGAAUAAAGGCCGAGACUUCGCCGCACACUGGGGUGUGGGUUGAUGAUAAAAAAAUCUGCGCAAUUGGUAUCCACGGCAGCCGCUUUAUUACUUCCCAUGGGCUGGCGCUUAAUUGCAACACCGAUCUGUCGUGGUUCGAACACAUCGUGCCUUGUGGUAUUGAGGGUAAAGGCGUGACAAGUCUUUCUGAUCAAUUGAGAACGGAAGUAACAAUUGACGACAUUGUUCCUAUUUUUAAAAACUCCUUUCAAGAUCAGUUCAAAUGCGCGCUCGUUGAUUAUCAUCCUGGCAAAGCCUCGGAGUUAUUGAGAGCCGCUGUUUCUUAUUCUAAAUGACGUAAUUAUUAUCAUUAGUAAAUUAAUUAAUUAAUUAAUUUUUAAGGUUUGUGUUUAAAUAAUUUUAAGAGAUUGAUAUUUUAAAAUAAAGUUCGAUAAUAUUUGAAUAAUUUAUUAACUAUAGCAUUUAAAAAUAAAAUAUACUAUUGUACAAGCUAAUUUGUGGUAACUAUUAUUAAUUAAUUAUAAUUUUAAUAUAUAAUAUUGUAUAAUUAAUCAAUUAAUUAACAGUUUAAAGCAUCACAGCCUCGAUCAAGGCUAGGCGAUAUAUUUGGUUGAAUAAUUAUAUUUUUUGUAACAAGUGUUCAAAGAAUGAGUCUCACUGAUUAUUCUUCAAACAUUUUUUACAAAAAUUGUAUACUUAGUAUUUGUAAAAAAAAAUUUUCUAACUUGAUCGUAGUCUUAAUUAUUUAAAAAAAAGCUUUAAUUUUUAACUACUUAAUUAUUUAAAUUAAUUUACAAGCGAAUUUAAAAUUAUAAUUGAUGAAAAUAUAUCUAUAUAUUUUUUUUGUAACUUGAAAUCGUUUAUAAAUAAUUUUGUACUUUUUUAAAUAUAAAUUUAUAAUUUUUAGAAA